AUAACAGCCUCUGCGGAGAUCUAAUGGUCGUGCAUAGGACGGGUAAGAUUGGGCUCGCCUUGGCAGGAAAGCCGAGCCUGGGGAAGUCGCGUCGCUGAAGCCAAUACCUUCCAUCGGCAUGGCCGAGAAUCAGUGUCUAGGCGAAUAAUCCUAGGCGAGUAUGGUCGACAAGCAUCCCACGUGCCAUAGAGUACGUGGACCAAGAGUUGCAAUGCCAGUCACUUCACGAGAGGCGUCGCUAGAUCCGGAUUCAGCAUACCAAUUCAGAAUCCUCACCUUAUCCACGUACCAAUCUCACACAAUGUUACCUAUGUGGCUGAAUGAACAUCCGAUGAAAAGAGGACGAAGGUCGGAGGGUUGGUGCGGUAGAUGGGAGAAGUGCGUCUCCCGACGGCGGGCCACGGCGCAGGGAACCAUCAUCGGCUUAGCAUUUGCAGCAUUUGCCAUGGUGCCGGAAGAAUAUCCCAGUCGGGACAGGUGCAAACGAAACGUGUGGAGGCGACCAGCGCCAAGCCACGGUGCUCCGUGACCCCGCGUAUAGCGACUCGUGGAAAAGGGAGCUGAACAAGCUGUGCGACGGUCAACAA